CGCGACCUUCCGAUCUUCUUUUCCCGGCCCACCUUGUCGUCUCGAAUGCUGCAGCUCAACAAUCGUUUUCGCUCCCAUCCGGUAUGCGAUCCCGCACAGGCUGCUUAACGUGUCGCACUCGGAAACUCAAAUGCGACGAGCAGAAACCGGAGUGCUCGCAAUGUCGCAAGGGUGGGAGGGAGUGUCGCCCUAGCGAGGGGAUCGUCUUUCGUCAUCAGCAAAAUGCCUCGAUGAAUAAGAGCGUCGAAGAAAAUCCGAAUGGUCGGGGAAGUCUGAAGGGCUUUUAUUCGUACAAGAACACUUUUGAUGAAGAUAGCGUGUGGCUGGAUAUUCCGAAACAUGUCAUUUUCGUCGAUAAUUCGGAUCCGUACGCGGAAGAUCUUGAAGCGGCCCUAGGCGAGUCUGAAGCCGCUAUACUUGCAGCCAACUCCCAAAAUCGCGCGUGGUCGCAGCGCACACCGUCCGCUGAGGCCGAAAAUAAUGGCUUGGAUGCCCUCUCUACCGUGGCAGCCCAUGACCGGUUAUCUUAUAAUCAGCUGGCCAUCGACCAGCAGACCCUCCUAGCAGUUGACGCUGCCUCACCCUAUGAAAGCCUGUCAGCUACAGCAUCGUCAGGCCCCUCACCCAGUCAGUUGCGCAAUGUGCUGGCCCCUCAGAUAUCCCCCCCUCUUUCAAUUACUUCCAACCAUAACAACAGUAAUAAUAAUAUCAACUUCCUUCUAAAUCCAUCGCAAGCUCGUUCGCCACCUGUGGAUUCCAAUUUUCAUCACGCUCUGGAGCGUAGGAGCUCUUCGUUGACCGCCAGGUCUGCCAUUUCGCGUGGCUCGAAUACGGAACAAAGGCCAUAUGUGCCUGCAGAAACAGACAAAGAGGUGGCGUACCUAUUGCGACACUUCUCGGAGGUUCCGGGACUCUGGAUGGACCUUUUCGACGUCGGAACUUACUUUGCCUCUUAUAUCCCUGUAAGAGCGCUCCGAAACCCUCUUCUGAAAUAUGCUGCAUGCGCAUAUGCAGCGAAGCAGCUGGGGCGAGUCAAGGUAGAACAGGUGCCAACACGCGGCAUGUUUCAAAAGCAAAAUGUAGAUUGGUCCUGGAGAGGUGCCAAGUAUUAUGAGAAGGCAAUUCAGCUUCUGAUGAAGGAGCUUCAACCGGACAAAGGUCCCCCGCCUCUGAGUACCCCGGAGGCUUUCGGUCAAUGGCAGGCUGCCGAGCUAUGCGAGGAGAGUGAUAACCCUCGCAAGCGUCGGCGACGUUAUUCCGAGAGUCGCUUCUCAAAAGGUGUUCACUCAGACGAAAUUCUCGCCGCAACAGCCAUACUAUCUGUAUAUGAAUUGCUUGAUGCUACUGGUCCGGCAUGGAACCGACAUUUAAGUGGCGUAAAAUCAUUGCUAGAUGUGGCCGAAGUGGGAAUGAUGCCAGUUGAACAACGGCCCGACUCUGUGUUGCAACACAAAAGGCCUGGUCUGUCAAGAGCGAGGAGAGCAACAUUCUGGAAUUUUGCUCGGCAAGAUUAUCUGGCUGCUUUCAUCAACGAGGGCCAGACGAGGUUGAACACCGACGACUUGAUUCUGUGGACGGAAGCAGGUCUGCAGGUCGACAAUCAGGGCUUUGUCAGAUCCAGCAGCACGACCACCUCUGGCUAUUUUGACGCAGACGACGUCAUCCGAGAGGAUAUGAUCUGUAAUGGUCUUGUCUGGAUCUUGUCUAAGAUUGUCAAUUUCAUAAGCGCUGGUGACAAGGUGCAAUUAAAUCACCCCGGCCCACUGAACACGGGACCUUUAGGGUUGUCGCAACAAGCUCUGUUGGAGCGAUGGAUUCGUCUUGAGGCAGAACUCGAUGCGUGGUACAACAGGCUUCCGGAUACCUUUCAGCCCUGUGCCAGGACUGAGCCAUCAGCCGAAGAUGGGGAAAAGGCGGACACCGGAGAGCUGUCAGAGAUUUGGUACAGCAUACCCAUGUGCUCGUCAGCCAUGCAGCAUUAUCAUAUGGCGCGGAUCCUCCUCCUGGUCAACAAGCCGCACGCGUCGACCAGCCGCCGAAGCACUAUCACGGAUAGACUUAACUCUUACCGAUCCAUUGAGAAUGACAUCCGUUUUCACAGCCGGGAAAUCGUGGGCAUUGCUAUGGCCUGCCCAACAGGUGCGGCCCGCAUCAAUUCACUUCAACCAUUGUUCGUUAGCGGCCAGUGCCUCACCGAUGCUGCCGAAAGACGAACGGUGUUGCACCUUUUGCAGGGGAUCGAGGCCGAACUUGGCUGGGCAACCGAUUAUCGUGUAAAUCAGCUACUCCGAGAAUGGGGCUGGAAUGAGAACGAAGACGUGGCUAUACCACUCUAGAGGUUCCCGAGUCAACUUGUACCUUGGACUUUGUAUAUGUCGACGAUCGCCUCUAGAACCUGCGAAAGCGGUUGAGAAGCAUCGUGUCUCGCUCUUUAAGAGUCUCUUGUCCAACACUGUCUGCAUAAAUAACUUUUUGGUCUAGCUGUGUUUGUUUUCGAGCGAGCUUGUUUUUCUCGAAGUGAUACCAGCGUGUUUUGGUUUGUUGUCAUAGCAUUUGCAUAUAUACGUCGCAUUCAUGAUAGAUGGUCACGAAAGGAGUCAGGAUGAGUUCGUCCUGUAUUGUUAAUGAAGC